AAAUACUAAACACACCAUGAGGAUUCAAAGCAUAUACAGUUUAGCCACUGCACUAGUUGGCAUCUCUCAUAUCACAGCACAAGUUGUCAACCGCGACGUCAUAACAUGUGCCAUCAAAGAUGCCUCAGUAGGUAUCGUAUGCCCCCGCGAUAGUUCUCUAUUGCCGGAUGAGACAUGUUGCCGUUACCAUGACAACUGCGGACCUCUACCUAAAUGCACCACAAACAACUGCUGUGGUACACGAGCAAAUAAAGCACUUAUAAAUAGAGCACUUAUACUAGACUCUGGAUACUCAUACGAUGGGGGAAAUCCCAAAGUGAUCACAUGUGAGAUCAAACAGAACUCGGGUAGCUGGAAGUGCGGUGGGAACGAACCCAUCUACGCCGAUAAGGUGUGCUGUCGGUGGAGUAAUGACUGCGGGACCCUUCCCAAGUGCAGGCGACCGUUCUGUUGCAAAGACUAUGUGUUCAGUCCCGAAUUGGAACCAUCCCCAUCAGCGGUGCCAGAGCCAGAUGUUGACUACGAACCAGUAAAUCAUAAUAUCAACUGUGGUAUGAAGUUCCUGGAAGACGACAUGGCGUGUGGACCCCGGCAGAUUUUAGAUGAAGAGAAGGAGUGUUGCCGCUUUAAAGGGCAAUGUGACGAUGGCGUACCCAUGUGCACUAAACAAGAGUGUUGUGAGCGUGAUGCGGACGUUAAUCCCAGUGCAUCUCCCAGUCGCAGCCCUGAGCCCACCUUCUACGAGACUACGUGCGGUGAUAGAGACGGCAUAAAGUGUGACUCUGGAGAUGUUCUCCUUCGCAAUAAGGAGUGUUGCGAGUUCGAAGACUUCUGUGAUAGCAAGGCUGGAUCCUUCCCACACUGUUCGAUCACAAUGUGCUGUGAAGCUCUAGUGCCAAAACCCAAUCUAUCACCAUCACCUCAGCCUGCUGCUGGAGGAUUCUUUAAGGUCUGUGAGUGUAAGAAUGGCGCGGCAUUGAAAGGCGAAUGUUAUAGCUCGCUAUCUAAAGCAACGGAUGUGGCGCGAGACGGAGACACUAUCUAUAUCACUGGAGAGGUGACUGUGAGCAGUCCUGUACAGUUCAGCAACAAUCUGGACUUCAUAGGAGUCAAUUGCGGCAACAAGCAACCAGUUCUGGUUGCCGGUUUCAACUCAAAGACAAACGCUAUACUCGAACCAACCCACAAGUCUAAACAGAAGGUCACAAUAGAGAAUGUAGCAUUCACGGGGAUGCCCAACAAGAAGAGUGCGGCGUUCCAUGCUCUUGGCUCAGAGUUUUCAUCUGGCAACCAAAGUAUUGACCUGACUCUACUGAAUGUGCAGAUAUAUGAUAUGCUGAGUGAAAGGCCUGGCGUUGGGGUGUUCAUCGGCAAAAGCAGCAACCUCUUCAUCGACGAAAGCUGUGUGUUCAAAAACUUGCGCAUGAUCUCAAACAUCAAGGGUAGGUAUGCCGGGGGGGCGGCCCUGGCCGUGAUCUUCGUCCCAGAAGGCAGUGAGAUGGUUGUGAAUGGAUUAUUCUUAGAGAACGAGGCUCGAUACCCCAAGUCCAGCCGGCACGCCGGGGGUGGUGCAGUAUAUCUCGACUGGGUGGCUGGGAACGUAGAGUUCAGGGCCGCGUUCACGGAGAAUGUAGCGAACCAAGGGGGGGCCAUACACAUACAAGACGUGGUUGGCAAGGUUAUAAUGAGUGGACGGUUCAAGUCCAACAAGGCAAUUGACGAUGGGUAUGGUGCCAGAUCGGGUGCUUUCCGAGUGCUCAAGCAACACGUCGGCUCUGAGAUUGAACUCAGUGGUCACUUUGAAGGCAACCGUGCACAGGGAAGAAGCGGCGUGAUGGCGUCGAAUGUUAUGCCCAAGGGGUGUUCUCUUACGUUUUCGGGUACGUUUUUGAAUAACGUAGCAUCGCACAGGGGAGGCGUCUGGAGUGCUUGGACUAGUACGGUUGUUGCCGGGAAGAUUGUCUUUGAUAGUAAGGCGAAGUUUGAGGGCAACCAGUCUGGGCAGGAUGAUGAUGAGAGUAGCAUAUAUGAUAUUGCAGGAGAAGGUGCCCGUACACUGUCUGAGGCUGAGUGGAAGGGGAGGACGGUAACUAUAAAUUAGGCG